AGGAGGGACAGGUGGUGCGGGCUGUCCAGGAAACCUACCUGAACGGGAAGGAGCCCCAGGAGGGAGAGGGACCCGGCGAGGGGCUCAGGACCCGGAGGCGCCGGCGGAGGAGGAGGUGGUGACUGGCAGGCCCGGGCCCCACGGUACCUCCGGGGCUGAAGGGGACGCAGGACGUAGGGGCAUGGGGAGUCGGGCGCAGAAGAGUGCGGGGAACCGGUGAGCUCUGGGAGCCACUGCCUGAGGGCAGGCCGCGGCCGGCGGGAACCUCUUCUGCCAUCUCAGCCUGGGCGUCGCUGAAGCUGUGUCUGCGGGGAGGCAGCGGAAGGCGGCAGAGGCUGGGAGGCGGCAGAAUGCAGCCAGAGGAGGGCACAGGCUGGCUGCUGGAGCUGCUGUCCGAGGUGCAGCUGCAACAGUACUUCCUGCGGCUCCGAGACGACCUCAACGUCACCCGCCUGUCCCACUUUGAGUACGUCAAGAAUGAGGACCUGGAGAAGAUCGGCAUGGGCCGGCCUGGCCAGCGGCGGCUGUGGGAGGCUGUGAAGAGGAGGAAGGCCUUGUGCAAACGCAAGUCGUGGAUGAGUAAGGUGUUCAGUGGGAAGCGACUGGAGGCUGAGUUCCCCCCUCAUCACUCUCAGAGCACCUUCCGGAAGACCUCGCCCGCCCCUGGGGGCCCAGCAGGGGAGGGGCCCCUGCAGAGCCUCACCUGCCUCAUUGGGGAGAAGGACCUGCGCCUCCUGGAGAAGCUGGGCGAUGGUUCCUUUGGCGUGGUGCGCAGGGGCGAGUGGGACGCGCCCUCAGGGAAGACGGUGAGUGUGGCUGUGAAGUGCCUGAAGCCUGAUGUCCUGAGCCAGCCAGAAGCCAUGGACGACUUCAUCCGGGAGGUCAAUGCCAUGCACUCGCUCGAUCACCGCAACCUCAUUCGCCUCUACGGGGUGGUGCUCACGCCGCCCAUGAAGAUGGUGACAGAGCUGGCACCUCUGGGAUCGUUGUUGGACCGGCUACGUAAGCAUCAGGGCCACUUCCUCCUGGGGACUCUGAGCCGCUACGCUGUGCAGGUGGCUGAGGGCAUGGGCUACCUGGAGUCCAAGCGCUUUAUUCACCGUGACCUGGCUGCCCGCAAUCUGCUGUUGGCUACCCGCGACCUGGUCAAGAUCGGGGACUUUGGGCUGAUGCGAGCACUACCUCAGAAUGACGACCAUUACGUCAUGCAGGAACAUCGCAAGGUGCCCUUCGCCUGGUGUGCCCCCGAGAGCCUGAAGACACGCACCUUCUCCCAUGCCAGCGACACCUGGAUGUUCGGGGUGACACUGUGGGAAAUGUUCACCUACGGCCAGGAGCCCUGGAUUGGCCUCAACGGCAGUCAGAUCCUGCAUAAGAUCGACAAGGAGGGGGAGCGGCUGCCCCGGCCCGAGGACUGUCCCCAGGACAUCUACAACGUCAUGGUCCAGUGCUGGGCUCACAAGCCAGAGGACAGACCCACGUUUGUGGCCCUGCGGGACUUCCUGCUGGAGGCCCAGCCCACAGACAUGCGGGCCCUUCAGGACUUUGAGGAACCGGACAAGCUGCACAUCCAGAUGAAUGAUGUCAUCACUGUCAUCGAGGGAAGGGCCGAGAACUACUGGUGGCGUGGCCAGAACACACGGACGCUGUGUGUGGGGCCCUUCCCUCGCAACGUGGUGACCUCCGUGGCCGGCCUGUCGGCUCAGGACAUCAGCCAGCCCCUGCAGAACAGCUUCAUCCACACAGGGCAUGGCGACAGUGACCCCCGCCACUGCUGGGGCUUCCCGGACAGGAUUGACGAACUGUAUCUGGGAAACCCCAUGGACCCCCCCGACCUCCUGAGCGUGGAACUGAGCACCUCCCGGCCCCCCCAGCAUCUAGGAGGGGUGAAAAGGGAGCCUCCACCUCGCCCACCUCAGCCUGCCUUCUUCACUCAGAGUAAGUGGGGCUGCUUCCGAUGCCUUGGCCCCCGCCCCCGCCCCCUCUCUCUCACUCCUCUCCUGGAAGAACCAACCUAUGACCCUGUGAGCGAGGACCAAGACCCCUUGUCCAGUGACUUCAAGAGGCUGGGCCUGCGGAAGCCAGGCCUGCCCCGAGGGCUGUGGCUGGCGAAGCCCUCGGCGCGGGUGCCGGGCACCAAGGCCAGCCGAGGCAGCGGGGCUGAGGUCACGCUCAUCGACUUUGGUGAGGAGCCCGUGGUCCCGGCCCUACGGCCCUGCGCGCCCUCCCUGGCGCAGCUGGCCAUGGACGCCUGCUCCCUGCUGGACGAGACCCCGCCUCAGAGCCCCACGCGGGCACUGCCCCGGCCUCUGCACCCCACACCUGUGGUGGACUGGGACGCACGCCCGCUGCCCCCCCCGCCCGCCUAUGACGACGUGGCCCAGGAUGAGGAUGACUUUGAGAUCUGCUCCAUCAACAGCACCCUCGUGGGCGCGGGGGUCCCUGCCGGGCCCAGCCAGGGCCAGACCAACUACGCCUUUGUGCCUGAGCAGGCGCGGCCGCCCCCUCCCCUGGAGGACAACCUGUUCCUCCCGCCCCAGGGUGGGGGCAAGCCGCCCAGCUCCGCACAGACGGCAGAGAUCUUCCAGGCGCUACAGCAGGAGUGCAUGAGGCAACUGCAGGCUCCGGCCGGCUCCCCGGCCCCCUCUCCCAGCCCGGGGGGUGACGACAAGCCCCAGGUGCCUCCUCGGGUACCCAUCCCCCCUCGGCCCACGCGCCCACACGUCCAGCUGUCUCCAGCCCCCUCGGGCGAGGAGGAGACCAGCCGGUGGCCUGGACCUGCUUCCCCUCCCCGGGUGCCUCCGCGGGAGCCCCUGUCCCCUCAAGGCUCGAGGACACCCAGCCCCCUGGUACCACCUGGCAGCUCCCCGCUGCCACCCCGGCUCUCAAGCUCACCUGGGAAGACCAUGCCCACCACCCAGAGCUUUGCCUCAGACCCCAAGUACGCCACCCCCCAGGUGAUCCAGGCCCCUGGCCCGCGGGCUGGUCCCUGCAUCCUGCCCAUCGUCCGGGAUGGCAAGAAGGUCAGCAGCACCCACUAUUACUUGCUGCCCGAGCGACCAUCCUACCUGGAGCGCUACCAGCGCUUCCUGCGUGAGGCCCAGAGCCCCGAGGAGCCGGCCCCCCUGCCUGUGCCUCUGCUGCUGCCCCCACCCAGCACCCCAGCCCCCGCCGCCCCCACGGCCACCGUGCGGCCGAUGCCCCAGGCUGCCUUGGACCCCAAGGCCAACUUCUCCACCAACAACAGCAACCCAGGGGCCCGGCCACCACCCCCGAGGGCCACUGCUCGGCUGCCACAGAGGGGCUGCCCUGGCGAUGGGCCAGAGGCGGGCCGGCCAGCAGACAAGAUCCAGAUGCUGCAGGCCAUGGUGCAUGGGGUGACCACAGAGGAGUGCCAGGCGGCCCUGCAGUGCCACGGCUGGAGCGUGCAGAGGGCUGCCCAGUAUCUGAAGGUGGAGCAGCUCUUCGGGCUGGGUCUACGGCCCAGAGGGGAGUGCCACAAAGUGCUGGAGAUGUUCGACUGGAACCUGGAGCAGGCCGGCUGCCACCUUCUGGGCUCCUGGGGCCCUGCCCACCACAAGCGCUGAGAUGCGUCUGGAGAGCCAGAGGGCCUGCCUGAAGGAAUCACCUGAGCCUGUUCGUCCACCAGGAGUGGGGAGAUGCCCCCAUCCAGUCCUAGAGGACCCACUGCUCCUGCUGCUCCCAGGGAUGGAGCAAGGCCAAGUCUGCGGGAGGCUGGGAGCCCUGCCCUGUCCAUCCCUCCCGCACCAGCGCUGUCCCUGCACACUUUGGUUCAGUCCCGGUGCCCCAGCCAAGAUGUGGAAGGGGCCGGGUGAAGACAGGCCUGAGGGCUGCCCCAGCAGGCUCUGGGUAUGACCUGCCUCUGGCCCUGGUCCUGGGCGGGGCCUGUGGGUGGGGUAGUACCCCCAGGCCCUGCCCUGGGUGACAGACUGGGAGGAAACCAGGCUGGACCUGGGCAGGCGGGAUGUGUUGGCCACAGGGAGAGGCGGACCAGCACCCGGUGGGACCUCUUAGGACUGGGCCUUCUUCCAGGGGGCCCCUGGCAGCAGUUGGGGUGUCGGGCAGAAUGUGACUUGUGGCCUUACCAUGGACUUGAAUGGGACUUGGCUGGCCUCAGGAUCUUGUGCCUGGAAAUAGCCUGAGGUGGCUCAGGAAGCGGAGAAAGGGCGCCAGACCAUCCUCUGGCGGGGACCAGGGCCCAAGGCCCCAGGGCUGGAAGGAGACCAAGGGGCAGCCGCCCUGGAGGGACAUCAGUGCUUCCUCUUCCACGCAAUUCCCCCACGCGGUUCCAUGUUUUCCCACCAGCCUGUCGGCAAAGUUGCUGCUCCGGCAUUCAGUACCUGCUUCUUCCAGAGAAAUAAAGUUAGUUUCUAUUUUAUGUUA